CGAAAAGUGUUUUCUAUCCUAAUUCUGUUCUUUCUUGUAUAAUUUUGUAUAAUGCGUGAUGUCGUGGAUGUUGUGAAUCUGACGCUGUGUACCUGUGAUGCUGCUGCAAGUCACGUCGGUCCCAGUGUCGCUGAGAUCUCCUGCAGAAAUGAAUUGGGCCAAGCAGUGGAUUGGUUUGCUAUGUACAAGUUGCCCAGGCACAUGGAACAUGAAGCAGCUGGGCUGGGGCUGCGGUAUAUGUACCUGGAUCCAUCGACUGUAGACUGGCAGCAAGGCAAAUUCCUGGUCAACGCGACAGAGAGUGCGGUGGGGAGAACCUUACAGCAGCUUUAUUCAACAUAUAAGACAAAGGUCAACGACAGUGCUUAUCUCCUCUACAAUGAUGCUGCGCCAUCGAUGCCCUAUGACAAGUACCAUGGACAUACAAAAGGGGUCCUGAUGUUUGACAAAGUCCAGGGCUUCUGGCUGAUGCACAGUGUCCCAAACUUUCCUCCUGAUGUCACAAAGGGGUAUUCAUGGCCAUCUUCUGGACGGAAAUACGGACAGACUUUCCUGUGUGUUACAGUCAAAUACGAUCAGGUGACGGUAAUCGGUGACCAGUUCUUAUACUCGAACCCCCAUGUCUACAGUUGGACACUUCCUCACCUCUUCCUGCCUGAACUCUCCCACCUGCAAUUUGUCGCGAAAGGUGGUAGCACUGCUCGGUCUCCGUGGAAGCGGCACGCCAAACUCACGUCCUCGGGGGGAGUCCAGUUUCAGAGCUUUGCAAAAUACAAGCACUUUGGAGAUGAUAUAUACACAGCGUGGGCUGCUCAGACCUUGGAGACGGAUUUGUUGUCGGAGACUUGGAACAACGGUAAAUACGAGCUGCCUACCAACUGCUCCCUCCCCAAACACGUUUACAAUGUCAAGAGGGUCAAACUGCCAGGACCUGCUUUCUUCUACACCAACAACGACCACUCCAAGUGGUGCGUGUCUCUGCGCCCUGUCGACGGGUGGACUUGCGUCGGGGAUCUCAAUCGCGCCGUCGGCCAGAUGUGGAGGAGCGGUGGGCUUCUGUGCACGCGGAACCCCCUGCUGUACAGAGCCUUCAGGCAAUCUGUGUCCUGGUACAAGAAUUGUUCGGGGUACCCUGUGAUGGAACAGGGAGAACUUUGACGUUGAGGUUUAACAAUUAUUUCAGAAUCAGAAUCAGGUUUAUU